AUGUCCAAAAAACAAAAGCAACGUAAGAAAGUUAGAUCUAAAAAGAGAAAGCAACAGAAAAGCAAGGGACCAGUUCAAGAGACUACCCCUGAUAAAUCUCUGUCGAAUGAGUUGUUAACUGAAAAUAAUAAGAUAGAGCAACAAGACGUACCAGAAGUUCAUGAAAAUCGUCAAGAUGAAACAGACUGGGUGAAAUCUGACAAAGUUGAAACUGUAAAAGUUUUCAAUGAUAAACCUUCAAAGACAACUGAGCCUGCAAUUCAACUUUCAAAUACUGCAACAUCUAUAAUUGAAGAGUCAACCCCAUCUAAUCCUAUCACUGAAGAUACAGAAAGCACGCCAGAUUCGAAUAUCACCUUAAAAGCAAGUGAACCUGUUCCUGAUGACACUCCAAAGGCAAAUAAGAUCAUAAUUCAACCUGUAAAUACUACUGCAUCUAUAAUUGAAGAUCAACUUCCAUCAAUGCCUAUGGAAGGCACGCCAAAUGCGAAAGCCACCCAACAAGUUCUUGGUGAUACGCCAAAGGUAAAUAUAGCUACAUUUCCACCUUCAAAUGCUACAACAUCUGUAAUUGAAGCGUCCAAUUCUCUCACUAAUGAUACCACAAACACAACAGAUAUAGUUAUUACUGAUUUUUCAAAAUCAACCGAAUCAGCCACUAUUACUGACACUCCAAAGACAAACGAAUCUGGAACUGCAAUUCCCGAGUCAAAUCCAUUAAAAUCUCUUACUAAAAAAGAUUCAAUAAGUACUACAGAUGGUAAUGGGACUUUGGAAGCCAACGAAUCUUCUGUUAUUAAUGAAACAAUUGGUGCCUCUAUCAAUAAUCUCUCUUUGGGGAAUGAAGAGAUGAUAUCUAUUAUUACUGGAAGUAGUUGUAACCGUUCAUUAAAUCAUACCACUGAAACUAUUUACAAUCCAUCUACAUCACAAGAUUAUGCAUCAGUGGCUACUGGUACAACAAAUAAUAAUUUGGAUAGUAGUCAAAUUUUAAAGCCUAUUCGUGAUGAAUUUAUACAAGAUGCAAGUACAGAUAUUGCAGGGUUUGUAGCUGGAGAAUUAGAAGAGAUUGAAGAAGAAGCGCGUGAAGCGCGUGAAGGCGAAGAAGGCGAAGCCCUUAUUACCUCUACUGCAUCAUAUGGUACUUUACCCAUUGAACCCUCCGUGGAAAUGUCGAAUAUGAAAAUGAAUAUAAUCAUGUGUUCCAUGUAUUUGGGUGUAUUUCUUGCUGCUUUAGAUAAUACUGUUGUGUCUACUUUGAUGGCACAUAUUGGGUCCGAAUUCAAUCAAAUACCUAAAGUUCCAUGGGUCGCUACGUCAUAUCUAUUAUCAAGUGCCGUGUUUCAACCUUUGUAUGGGAAAUUAUCAGAUAUCUUUGGACGUAAGGCUCUAUUAAUCUUUAGUAAUUUGAUUUUCUUCUUCGGAUGUAUUAUUUGUGGUAUGAGUAAUAGUUUAAAUAUGCUAGUAUGGGGUAGAUUCGUAGCCGGUAUUGGUGGAGGAGGUAUUACCUCGAUGACCACUAUAACAGUGAGUGAUAUAGUCCCCCUAAGAAGCAGGGCCGUUUACCAAGGUAUCUGUAACUUCUUCUUUGGCCUGGGUACCGCGUUCGGUGGGGUCAUUGGAGGUAUAUUUGUCGAUCAUCAAUACGGUUGGAGAAUGGUAUUUUGGAGUCAAGUUCCCGUGAGUGGAUUGAGUACAUUAUUGAUUUGUUCAUUUUUAGUUGUUCCAAGAAUUAAAAACUACGAAGUGUCAUUGGGCAGAAAAUUAAUGCGUGUGGAUUGGCUGGGAUCCAUUAGUAUGAUACUUUGGUUAACAUCCUUCUUAUUAAUCACUACUAUGAUGGGCGGCAUUUCGUUAGAUAUUGAUAGUGACCAAUUCCAUUAUCUAAUAAUGUUCUCUAGCGUGUCUGCCAUUAUAUUUGUUCUCACCGAGUUAUUCGUGGCAAGUGACCCUGUCUUGCCGUUGAGAUUCCUCAGCAACCGUAGUGUCCUGGGUGCCAGUCUGGGCAAUUUCUUUUGUGUCAUGGGAUUCAUGACCAUAUGUUUUUAUCUACCCAUCUAUUUUGCCAGUGUCUUGGACAUUUCCCCCACGGGCAUCGGUAAACGUAUGGCCCCUAAUUUCUUAUGCACUGCUCUAGGGUCCUUGGGAGCAGGUGUAUACAUGAAACAAACGGGCAAAUACUACUGGUUUGUGGUCCUGUUUGCACUUGUCUCCACACUGGGCCACUACUAUCUAACUUUGAUCCCACUUACUGUGAGCAUAACCGUACAAUACCUAUUGGUCGUAUUACCAGGUGUAGGAUCCAGCAUUAUCAUCGUGGUAGCGCUAUUGGCCAUGAUAGCUGCUGUUCCACACAAACAUCAAGCUGCUACCACGUCGAUUUCGUAUGCAUUCCGUUCUACAGGUGGCACCUUGGGUGUGGCACUGGGUAGUUCUGUGUUCCAUCGUACACUAAUCAAGAGAUUACAUACCGAUGUGUUGGAAUAUGUUUCACCUGAACAUCCUCGAAAGGAAUUGUUACGCAUUAUCAAGAAAGCUUCUCAUUCCACAGAAUGGGUCCAUCGUAAGGCCCCUACGUUCAUAAGAGAUACACUCAUCACAUGUUACGAUGUAGCUUGCCAUGAUGUCUUUGUGUUUUGUACUGCAUGUGCUUUAUUAGCGGCUAUUUCCUUAGCAUUAAUCCGUGAGGAACGGCUGGCCACAGGCCUUCGGGCCACGUGA